AUGGAGCGCUGGCCUUGGCCGUCGGGCGGCGCCUGGCUGCUGGUGGCGGCCCGCGCGCUGCUGCAGCUGCUGCGCUCAGACCUGCGUCUGGGCCGCCCGUUGUUGGCGGCGCUGGCGCUGCUGGCCGCGCUCGACUGGCUAUGCCAGCGCUUGCUACCCCCGCCGGCGGCACUCGUGGUGCUAGCGGCUGCUGGCUGGAUCGCGUUGUCCCGCCUGGCGCGCCCUCCUCGCCUGCCCGUGGCCACUCGCGCGGUGCUCAUCACCGGUUGUGACACUGGCUUUGGCAAGGAGACAGCCAAGAAACUGGAUGCCAUGGGCUUUACGGUGCUGGCCACUGUGUUGGAUUUGAAUAGCCCUGGUGCCAUAGAACUGCGUGGCUGCUGUUCCCCUCGCCUAAAGCUGCUGCAGAUGGACCUGACCAAGCCAGAAGACAUCAGUCGUGUGCUGGAAUUCACCAAAUCUCACACCACUGGCACUGGCCUGUGGGGUCUGGUUAACAAUGCCGGCUUCAACAGUGUGGUCGCGGAUGUGGAGCUUUCUCCAGUGGCAACCUUCCGCAACUGCAUGGAGGUGAACUUCUUUGGUGCGCUUGAGCUGACCAAGGGCCUCCUGCCACUCCUUCGUCACUCAAGGGGGCGUAUUGUGACCGUUGGCAGCCCAGCAGGAGACAUGCCAUACCCCUGCCUGGCAGCCUAUGGAACCUCUAAGGCAGCUGUAGCACUGCUUAUGGACACAUUCAGCUGUGAACUGCUUCCCUGGGGUAUCAAGGUCAGCAUCAUCCAGCCUGGCUGCUUCAAGACAGAGUCAGUGACUAAUGUGAAUCUCUGGGAGAAGCGCAAGCAACUGCUGCUGGCCAACCUGCCUGGGGAGCUGCUGCAGGCCUAUGGGGAAGACUACAUUGAGCACUUGCAUGGGCAGUUCCUGCAUUCGCUCAGAAUGGCAUUGCCUGACCUCAGCCCGGUUGUAGAUGCCAUCAUUGAUGCACUGUUGGCAGCUCAACCACGCCGCCGCUACUACACAGGCCGUGGCUUGGGGCUCAUGUAUUUCAUCCACCACUACCUGCCAGAGGGCCUUCGACGCCGCUUCCUGCAGAACUUCUUCAUCAGUCACUGUCUGCCCCGAGCACUGAGGCCUGGCCAACCUGGUCCUGCUCAUGCUGAGGACACCCCCCAGGACCCAAACCCUUCCCCAGUGGCAGCUCGGUGAGCCACAGGCCUCAGUGUUCCAGCAAGAGAGGCUCCAUGAGCCCUUGGCCCUCUCCCAUGGCCAUUACAAACUCCUAGAAUCUGUGGUAAGAGAAGCCCAGCUUCCACUGCUGAUGGCUAGUCCAGGCCCGGGAAGCUGAGUUUGCUAGUAAGCCUCUGGACCUCUCCUCUGCUUCAUGAGCCCACACAUCCCCUACCGGGUACAAUCUGCACACUGCAGCUUGGGGAACCCAGAUGGAUAGAGAGUUUAGUGUAAGAUUUGGCUAUAGCCUUUGCUAGGACUCUACAGACCAUUUCUGUGCAAAUGUAAGAAUGAUUAGGCAGGUGGAGACCUCCUCAGGAUUCUUUAGGCACCAGGGCCUCAGUGCUGCAAGUCUAAGGUAAAUCCCAACUGCCUCUUGACUGGCUCAAGAUUGAAAUCCCCAACUACCUGCUCCCAGCCACAGAGAAGCUACAGAUUGAACUUGCCUGCUUGUUGACAUUUUAAAAUAAAGAUACAUUUUUAUUUCUCCUAGAAUGAGAGAGAUACAUUGUUUGGAGGAGGUGACUGCCUGGUUGCCUGGGUGACAGGGUGUGGCUAUGUGAAAGAGUUUGGGAACUUCCUGGGAGAUCCUUGGACUCAGCAGGGUAGCUGAGUGGACCCCAAAGGCACAAUGUGGUUCAUAUACCUCCUCUACCGACCUCAAGCAAAUCAUUUGUCCCUAUGUCUGGGUUUCUGCAUAAUGAAGUGAGAUGAAGGAAAUGGUCAUCUUUAGGGAGUUACAGAGCUUGUUGAAGCAGUUUGGGAGGUCUGGGCAAGGGUGGGGGAAGACAGAGCCAAGAUACAAAUCCUCUCUAACAACCCCCGCCCCAGCCUAUCUCCAUACCUAAGGUCUCAGCAGAAAAAGCCCCCUCCAGGGACUCCCCUGAUGCUGUGACUGCUGACUGCAGGAGAGGGCUCAGCAAGGGUACAGUGAUGAACAAAGCUAGGAGCCAAGGAAAGGACCAGGAGGUAGCAAACAGUAGGCUUUUUAAAGAGGGCAAUUUUAUUGUCUCAGAGGGGUAGAGCUGAGGGAGAGGGCUGCAAAACUACUUUCCUCAGACUCCCAAGAAUACACAUUCUCUAUUCUCACAGGCCAUGGUUCUGGGGAUGACCCACAGAGGGGUGAGGAGGCUUGCACUGCCCCAGGGGUUCUCUGGUUAGGGAGGGAUAUGAAAGUGACACAAAUUUCUUAGACACGGUAGCGGCUGUAAAGGGGUAUGGGGGACAUGAGCACUUUGCUCUGGAGGGGAUCUUGGUCCAUUCUUGAUCAGGGGAUAGGUGCCUAACCCCCUUUCAGGCCUAAGAGCAGUCCUGGUGGGGGUCAUGGAAGUUGGACAACCAGUUCCAAGACAGUGUGCUAC